CAUAUCUAACAACAAAGAGUGGGAAAGGAACGCCACAAUGGAUGGCUCCAGAAGUUCUUCGCAAUGAACCUUCAGAUGAGAAGGCUGAUAUAUACAGUUUCGGUGUGAUACUAUGGGAACUUGCCACGAAAAAGAUCCCUUGGGAAAACCUCAACUCGAUGCAGGUGAUCGGAGCAGUAGGAUUCAUGAAUCAGCAGCUAGAUAUCCCGAAGGAUGUUAAUCCACAGUGGGCUUCUAUUAUAGAGAGCUGUUGGCAUAGUGAGCCACAACUACGCCCAACAUUCCUAGAGUUGGUAGAUAACCUAAAGGAUCUGCUGAGACAGUGUGCCAUUCAGGCCCAGGCAGCGGGUAAUGUUUUAGGAGAUAGCAGCCAGAAGGAACUAUAGAUAAAGAUGGUUGUGCAAUUCUGCUAUAUUUCCAUUCCAGCAGAUACACUGAUAGCUCUUAAGUUUCAGUUACUGUUGCUUGGAAGUGUCACUAGUUCCCGAAUUGCUUGUGUUGUCGGAUCCAAGAUUUGGUGAAAAAUGUCACUGCAAGGAAAUUUGAUGGAAAAGAUAGCAACUGUCGUUUAUCGUUGUCAAGGCAGAACUUCAUAAAUCCAAUAGGAUAUUGCGUAUGUGAAAUCAUAACUUUCAUGUUUAGUGUGUGAACCGAACUUGUCUCCGGAUCAUUGUUGGGAUAUAUACUAAUAACCAUGAAUUUUGGGUUGGAUAUAGUAUUUAUUGUGGAAUAAUUGCUUAUUCAAUUUUAAUAAAGUUUUAAAUAGAUCAUA